AUGUCCCAAAGAGCUGCUAAUCUUGCUUCAAGACUCGCCAUUGGUGCCGGUGUAGCUUUCACUCUAGGUGAAGCUUCUAUAUACGAUGUCGAAGGUGGGAAACGUGCAGUUAUAUUCGAUCGUUUGAAAGGGGUUCAACCACAAGUUAUCGGCGAAGGUACCCAUUUCUUAUUACCAUGGUUUCAAAGAGCAAUUAUCUAUGAUGUUAGAACCAAACCAAAAGUGAUGGCCACCACUACCGGUUCAAAAGAUUUACAAAAUGUAUCAUUAACCUUGAGAGUGUUACAUCGUCCAGAAGUUAGAAAUUUACCAAAAAUUUAUCAAACUUUAGGUUUAGAUUAUGAUGAAAGAGUUUUACCAGCAAUUGGUAAUGAAGUUUUGAAAAGUAUUGUUGCCCAAUUCGAUGCUGCCGAAUUAAUUACUCAAAGAGAAGUGGUAAGUGCAAGAAUUAGACAAGAAUUAAGUAAAAGAUCCGAUGAAUUUAACAUUAAAUUAGAAGAUGUUUCAAUUACCCACAUGACUUUUGGUAAAGAAUUUACUAAAGCCGUCGAACAAAAACAAAUUGCUCAACAAGAUGCUGAAAGAGCUAAAUUUUUGGUGGAAAGAGCUGAACAGGAACGUAGAGCUAAUGUUAUUAGAGCCGAAGGUGAGGCUGAAUCUGCCGAAACCGUUUCAAAAGCUUUAGCCAAGGCUGGUGAUGGUUUAUUAAUGAUUAGAAGAUUAGAAGCUUCAAAAGAUAUUGCUGGUUUAUUAGCUAACUCUCCAAAUGUUUCUUAUUUACCAGCUGGUGGUAAACAAGGUAAUGGCGAUGGUAAUAACUUACUCUUAAACGUUGGCCGUUAA